AUGGUGGACCCAGAGGUCCUCACCAAGGUUCCAGCAGCAUUGAAGAGGUUAGCCAAAUAUGUAAUCCGGGGAUUUUAUGGCAUUGAGCAUGCCUUGGCCUUGGACAUCUUGAUUCAGAACCCCUGUGUGAAAGAAGAAGAUGUGUUGGAGCUGCUCAAGUUUGAUUGGAAGCAACUUCAAUCAGUUUUGAAUAAUUUAAAGGGAGACAAGUUUAUCAAAUGCAGAAUGAGGAUAGAGACUGAUGCAGAUGGGAAAACCACUGGCCAUAACUACUAUUUUAUCAAUUACCAUACUCUUGUUAAUGUGGUAAAAUAUAAAUUGGAUCACAUGAGAAGGAGGAUUGAUACCGAUGAGAGAGAUUCCACCAACUGGGCCUCCUUCAAAUGUCUUGUCUGUAGUAGUACUUUCGCAGACUUAGAAGCUAAUCAGCUCUUUGAUCCCAUGACAGGAACUUUCUGCUGUACUUUUUGCCAUACAGAGGUAGAGGAGGAUGAAUCAGCAAUGCCCAAAAAAGAUGCACUCACACUUUUGGCAAGGUUUAAUGAAUAAAUUGAGCCCAUUUAUGCAUUGCUUCUGGAGACAGAGGAUGUGAACUUGGCCUAUGAAAUACUUGAGCCAAAACCCACAGAAAUCCCAGCUCUGAAACAGAGCAAGAACCGUCCAGCAUAUACUGCUGGAGCUGCUGGCCUGGCAGGUGGGCACCACUGGAAAGCAUGGACCACCAAAGGUCCCUCUUAUGAGGACUUACACACUCAGAAUGUUGUCAUUAACAUGGAUGACCAAGAAGAUCUUCAUCGAGCCUCACUAGAGGGGAAAUCUGCCGAAGAGAGGCCCAUUUGGUUGAAAGAGAGCACUGUCCAAGGGGCGUAUAGUUCUGAAGAGACGAAAGAAGGUGGCAUAGAUAUAGAUGCAUUUCAGGAGCGUGAGGAAAGCCGUGCAGGGCCUGAUGAUAAUGAGGAGGUCAUGCGAGCACUGCUUAUUCACGAGAAGAAGACUCUCUCUGCAGCGGCUGGUUCAGUGGGGGCAGCUGCUCCUGUGACCAACGCCAAUGGCAGUGACUCAGAGAGUGAGACCAGUGAGUCAGAUGAUGAUUCUCCACCCCGUCCUGCGGCUGUGGCUGUACAUUGUCGAGAAGAGGAUGAGGAAGAGGAGGAGGAGUUUGAAGAAGUAGCAGAUGACCCCGUUGUCAUAGUGGCUGGCUGUCCAUUCUCCUACAGUGAAGUGAGUCAAUGGCCAGAGCUGGUAGCCCAGAUGACACCAGAAGAAAAGGAAGCAUACAUAGUGGUGGGACAACACAUGUUUGAGGACCUCUUUGAGUGA